CAACCCAGAAAUAUCGAUACACCCAAUAUCGCGACGCGGAAAUAUCGAUACAAAAUAUCGAAUAUCGGAACAAAAAUAUCGAUAUAAGUGAGUAUCGAUACUGGAUCCGGAAACUAUUUGAAUUUCCGUUGUCAGUUGUGGUUGGUUGUGGUCAGUUGGGACCGUUGGGACUGACUAGUGAGAGCAACAACAUUUCUUGGGACAGGGAAAAAUUAGAACUGUUGCGAAUUUUGAGGGAUGCUGCAGGGGAUUGAGGCUUUUGGCAUUAUUCAGCGGUGGUUUUUGAGGAGUUGGUGAAAAUCUUUGGUGAAAUGGAAGAUUCGUUUUUUGUGGAGGACACUGAUGAUGAGGACACAUUGUCCACCCAGCGGGUCUGGCAGGAGACGAAGGCGAGCCACAUUAUUCCAGACUCUGAUGAUGAGUUUCUUAACGACGAUAGUGACAAUGAGGUCCCUGAAGGGCGAAUGACUCCAUCGAUACAAAAAGCCAUUCGCCGGAGUAUUUUCAAUAUCACCCACCAAAUGACUGAUUCUGAUGAAGAGGAGGUUGAAGAAGAGGACGAGGAAGAGGCAGGAACAGAUGAGGAUGAACACAAGUCGCUUGAGAGAUCCCGUGAACUCAACACAUCUGACUCUGAAGACGAAGAAUUUAUUCCAACCCAAAAAAAACGACUAAAUCGCAUUGUAGACUCCAGUGACAAUGAUUCCCCCAUAAAAUCCCGCCACGAAGUGUCUCACAGAAGCCACCAGAAGUCCUCAGACUUCAGGACCAGCCACCUGGACAGCUCGUACGAGGACCAAGAGAGAUCCCAUGAGAAAUCCGACAGAAGGUCCGCUAGCCUAAUCACCUCGAUCGAAGAUUUAACUUCAAAGGAGCAUGAAGAGGACCCAGACAGUGGUCGAAGCUCGAACCCCAAGGACACUACCACCCUGGGGCUCCGCAAGACUUCACGCACCUCCAGGAGUCUGAAAAAAACCCCUCGUCACUCCACACACUCUCGUGUCUCAGACUCCUUUAUCAUCGAGAACUCCAGCAGUGAUGAGGAGGCUUCAAUAUCAAAAUCAAAACCAAAAAAGCUUGAGGUUCGUCCUCAAUACAUCAUCUCGUCUGAUGAGGGGAGUAAUUCAGUCCGCGCCAAGGAAAUCAUCUCUAUCGACUCGGAUACUCCCUCAGACUCUGACGUCCAGAGGGAGGAGCAGAACCGUUCCACUGGAGAGGCUGCAGCUUUAUCAUAUGCUCAACAGGAACUAGGACUCAAAAAUGUGGACCCUCUGAUGGCUCAACGUCGAGCAUUGCUGGCAAUUGAGCUACAGAAGAAGGAACUGGAGUUGGCGAAGAUGAUGACCUUCAUUGAUUCUGGAAAGGUUGAAUUGCUUCCUGAUAAAGGUAAAAAAUUCCUGGACAGAGCAUCAGAGACGGAAGCCCAAGUGCACCACAUCCGCAAGCAACUCGCAGAAUGUCGUCUAGUAGAGGAAGAGUACCACACCUCCCCCAAAGUUACCACCCCCUCCUCCGUAGAGAACUACCCCUAUACCCUCUCUCCGAGUCCCCUCCAGAUCCCGAAGACCCACCGUCCCCAAGACCCCGAGUACAUCCCGUCCGACUCGGACGAAGAUGUGCCUCCAACUCCGAAACACUCUCACCUGCUGAAUCGCCCCACAACAGCUCCGAUCGGAGAGCUGGGAAGAAAGGCCUUAGAGACCUUCGAGCGAGAGCAAGCCCUCACUGUGGAGACCCUGAAGUCCUUCCACGGAUCCCUAAACUCCCGUCCAGGAGAGGACGAGCAGGCAGAGGACCCCAGAGGGCUCAAAGUCCCCUUAAUGGCUCACCAGAAACACGCCCUGGCCUGGAUGGCAUGGCGAGAGAACCAGAACCCUCCUGGGGGUGUUCUCGCAGACGACAUGGGCUUGGGAAAGACCCUGACUAUGAUCUCCCUCGUCUUGAAAAGCAUGGACUCAGAGGACAGUGGAGGAGAGUCAGAAGGUGAAUGGAGGUCCAAGCAGAGGUCGUCGAAACCCACUGGAGGAACCCUUGUAGUCUGCCCUGCAUCCUUGAUAGGUCAGUGGGAGGAAGAGGUCAAGAGAAGGUGCAAGAAGGGUCUCCUCAACGUGGAGGUCUACCACGGGACCAAGAGGGAAAACAUCCCUAAAAGACUCGCAAAGAACGACUUGGUGAUAACUACUUACAACUUAUUAUCCAGAGAGCACAAGGUGAAUGGAGUUCUCUUAAGGAUUGGAUGGAAACGAGUGAUCCUGGAUGAAGGCCACGUCAUCAGGAACCAUAAGAGUCAGGUCUGCGAGGCUGUCUGUGCUCUCGAGGCUAAGAACCGUUGGGUUUUGACAGGAACCCCCAUCCAUAAUAAGGAGAUGGAUCUGUUCUCCGUUUUGAAGUUCCUUCAGUGCUCCCCCUUCAAUGACAUCAGGGUCUGGAAACGUUGGGUGGAUAACAAGAAUCAGGCUGGACACGAUCGCUUGGCCACUGUUAUGAAGACCCUGAUGUUGAGGAGAACGAAGGAGGAGCUGAUGAAUUCUGGGGCUGUGGAGAACCUCCCUGACAAGAUGUUUGAAAUUAUCUGGGUGGAGUUGGACCCUGAGGAGAGGGUGGUUUAUGAUAAGGUGAUGCUGUAUUCCAAGACAAUUUUCGCUCAGUUUCUGCAUCAGAGGGCAGAGAAGGAGCACAUGUUCAGGAUGGGGGCUGGGUAUUACGACAGGCGUUUGGAGAUGAGUAAGAACCCUUUUAAUAAGGCACAACAGAGACUGCUGGCUCAACAUGCAGAUGUUAAAUCACAUCAGAUUUUGACACUAUUUUUGAGGCUGAGGCAAAUCUGCUGUCAUCCUUCUUUGAUUAAUGCUAUGUUGGAUCAGGAGGAUAUCGAGCAGACAGGGCUGGAGGACUUGGAGGCUGAGAGAUUGGCACACAGAAUGGGAAGUAUGAGGAUCAAUGCCCUUGAAGGGGAUGAGGAUGUGCCGGAUGGUCCUGCUGAGGUCGAUGAUAGGGUCUCUGAACAUCUUCUCACUUCAGAAAAUCCUGUUUUUGAGAGAGACAGGGAGAGCUCUAAACUGAGGGCUGUGUUGAAUCUACUCCAGGAGAUCCUGAAGAAGGAUGAGAAGGUGAUUAUUGUCUCCCAGUGGACGAGUGUCCUGAAUAUUAUUGCAGAGAAUCUUACGAAGAUCAAAAAGGCGACUUUCAAAAGUCUCACUGGGGAGGUUCAGGUGAAGGACAGGGGGGCUAUUGUUGAUAGCUUCAAUUAUGAGAAGGAUCCCAGGGUUCUGCUGCUCUCGUUGACUGCUGGGGGUGUUGGAUUAAAUCUCGUUGGUGCUAAUCAUCUGAUGCUGGUGGAUAUUCAUUGGAAUCCUCAACUCGAGAGUCAGGCUCAAGACAGGAUUUAUAGGUUCGGGCAGAAGAAGAAUGUUUUUAUUUAUAAGUUUUUGUGCACUGAUACUAUUGAGGAGAAGAUCAAGUCGAUGCAGGAUGAUAAGUUGGAGUUGGCGAAGACUGUGCUGAGUGGAGGGGGCAAGGCCAAAUCGGCGAAACUCACUAUGGAUGAUCUCAGAACGAUUUUCGGACUUUAGGAGUGAUGAUUGAUAUUUUUCACUUUUCUUUAUUCUGUUUUUGUUUUGUUCUUUACCAUUAUCAAUUUUCUCAGGGACGUACAAUUUUGAAAAUGUUUCUUUUAUUGAUUCAUAUUAAUUAGAAUAAUUUUGAUAUCGAUGAUAAUUCUGAAUGGGAGAAUGAAAGAUGAAAGUGAAUGCUUCAGGAAUAGGAAAAGAAAAGAAUAAAUUUAGAAUAAUUAUAAGCGUAAGAAAUUGAAUACGUCUUACUUCCUCAGAAGAUAUAUAUGUAACGAAUCUGCAUUUUUUACAAUAAAAAAUUGACGUUGAAA